GCGUAUGUGGACCGCAGCUGAUCUCAGUUCAUACACACACACACACACACAUACUCUCACUCGCUCACACUAAAAACAGAAGGAAUUUAUAGUUUUAUAAAAAAGAAAUUCACAAAUACACAUAGCUCGGGGAUCUUGACUGAAUCUGGCAUCAUGAGUCUUAAACAGCCCUGCAUCUUUCUCAAAGGAGGCAAAAGGAGACAUUCAAGAGCACUUACACAUGAUGAGAUAGAAGAGUUACGUGAAGCUUUUGUAGAGUUUGAUAAGGACAAGGAUGGUUUAAUAAGCUGUAAAGACUUGGGGAACUUGAUGAGGACCAUGGGUUAUAUGCCAACUGAAAUGGAGCUGAUAGAACUGAGCCAAAACAUCAACAUGAACCUUGGGGGGCGGGUGGACUUUGAGGAUUUUGUCGACCUAAUGACCCCCAAGCUUCUGGAUGAAACUGCAGGGAUGAUUGGUUUGAAGGAACUCAAAGAUGCUUUCAAAGAGUUUGAUUUAGAUGGCGAUGGUGCUAUCACUUCUGAUGAGAUGAAACAUGCUAUGCUGAAGUUGUUGGGCAAACAAACCAGCAAAAAUGAAAUCGAUGCAGUGGUCAAGGAGGCUGACGACAAUGGUGAUGGAACAGUUGACUUUGAGGAGUUUGUGAAAAUGAUGUCACAGAAAUGAGAACAAAGGAAUGAAGAAAGGAGCGGAUGUAUUUUUAUUACGUUUUCUGUUAUUGUUAUUUUGUAAUUUCUGGUAAUGGGCUCCUGCAUCACUGCUAGAAAAUGUGGCACUCAUUAUUUUUUUAAAUCUUACUUAUUAAUUUAUGGAUUUGCUAUUGUCAAAAUUUGUUAGCUCUAGAAAGCCAGACCUGAUUUUGUGUAUUUGUCACUUGUCCCCUUCUUUCUUAAUGCCCUAAACGUGUCCAAGUUAAAAAAUGACAGGUUGUAUCUGUGUCAUUGUUUGAUUUUUAAAAUUUAUAAAUAAAUAGAAAAUAUUAAAAAUAGCAACUCUACAGUAUAUUAAGUUAAUUUAUGAUCUGGACAGACUUGGUGGGCUGCAGUGCAUACCGAUAUUUCAUGCUGGAAGUGAUUUACAUUGCAUGAAUUCCUUCCUGGACAUUUUCACCUAUAUUAGUUCUGCAUGUUUAGCUGAAAUUCUUGUUUUUGGCUCAGAAAAAGGAUUGCAAUUCAUGUCAAACUACAAAAGGUCAUUGAUUUGCAGUUUAACUUAGCAGGGGAGUUUACUGACAUGCUAAUUAUUGUAUUCCCUGAACAGAUACAUGCAUUUCCCCAGUUUUACUGCUAAUCACCAGACAGGAGGUGUAGUCUAAGUGGUGCUGUGUUCUUGCCUUAUUUGGAUAAAACAUCAGAGAUUAGGUUUCUUUAUUGCUCUGUGACAUGUGAGAUAAUUAAAACAUAUGUGAUGAUUGUGGAUUGUGGUAGAGAUGCACCAUUGUAAAAAAAUUUUUUUUUGUUGUUGUUUUUGUUUUUUGUUUUUUGUUUGUUUGUUUUUUUGCUUUGGCACCUUUAAAUUAAUAAUCAUCAUUUUCCAUGACCAAAUUAACAUAAUUAAUACAAUGUUUUGUAUAUGUGUAAAAAAAAUGUGAUAUUUAUUGAAUGAUGAGUAUUAUUUAUACAUGUUGUUGUAAUGUUUUGCUCUUUGGUUGUGUCUCCACUGUCUGCUGUCUGCUCUCAUGAGCUCAGUCAGGCUCAGCUGUAUUGGGAAAAAGAAGAACAGGGCACAGAUGUUACUCUGGGAUGGGUGAUAUUUUCUUUACUGACAGUCACAGCUUGAAGUUAUUUCCUCUAUGAUCAGGACUAUGAUCAGCCUGUUAUGGCAAAUAGACAGUAUUCUCAAAAAUAUUUUAUUCCAGACUGCAGGUUGUGUAAAGGUUGAAGUUGUUGUAUCCCAUUUUUCUCUCUGCAGCGAUGACUUGGGUAAAAAUCAUUCAGCAUCUUUUCUCUUCAAAGUCAAGAUUGCAAAAUCUGUAAUAAACCUCUGA